AUGCGGAAUUUCCUGAUGCCGCGGUCGGCAGAGUGAGGGGAGAGGAGGCAUCGUCACCAGUCCCUGGCCAUGAAGGACGUGAAGAAGACGGCGGGAACCAUCUCCUGCGUGGCACUCGUGUUGCUGAUGUGCUGUGCUCAGGGAACAGAUGCAGAUUACACGACGGUCACGCUGUACGUGAGCGGCAACCCGCGCCAUCCGGACGUGGCGCUGGGCAAACUGGACCCGGUGGGAGGAGCGGCGUACGGGACGCUCAACGACUCGCUCCUCUCCACGGGCUGGGCCGCGCUCGAGGUGCGCUCGGGCUACGGUGGCGGCCGCGGCGCCAUCGGGGACUCCGACGUCGCCUUCCUGGCCGGAUACGUGGAAGGAUACCUGACGGCACGACACAUCAACAACCACUUCAAAAACCUGUACCCCACAUUCAUUAAGGACAAUAAGACCCAUGCCAUCCUGGAAGAUUUCCUCCGGAAGCAGGACUCGUGGGCGCGUGUUCAGUCGCGGGAGAACCACGACGACCCUUUCUGGAGGAAUGUGGACUACGUGCUGUCGCAGCUCGACGGGAUGAUCGCGGGAGCCACGCGCAGGAACGCCGAGCACGGCAUCAAGGUACAGGACCUCUCCUUCCCCGCGCUGUAUCUCAACGCCGUCGGCGACGUCAUCGACCUCGUCAACGCGCUGGUGCCGUCGCGGCGGCCCCCGUGGCUGUCCCUGAGCAAAGCCGAGGCCAAGAGGCUGGUGCAGAAGAGCGGCCACUGCUCCGCUCUCAUCAAGAUUCUGCCUGGAUAUGAGAACAUAUUCAUGUCCCACUCGAGCUGGUUCACCUACGCAGCCACCAUGAGGAUCUUCAAGCACUGGGACUUCAACUUUCUGGACGCCUCCACGGCGAGCCGGCAGAUGUCCUUCAGCAGCUACCCAGGCUUCCUGGAGUCUCUGGACGACUACUACCUGCUGAGCAGCGGGCUCGUGCUGCUGCAGACCACAAACAACGUGUUCAACGCGUCCCUGUAUGCGGCCAUCACUCCUCUGUCGCUGCUGGCGUGGCAGCGUGUGCGCGUCGCCAACAUGAUGGCUCGCGGUGGCCGGCAGUGGGGCGAGGUCUUCUCAAGACACAAUUCAGGAACCUACAACAACCAGUACAUGGUGCUGGACCUGAAGAAGAUUGAGCUGAAGAAGAACAUCGCGGACGAAGCCCUCUUCGUGGUGGAGCAGAUUCCCACACUCGUGGUGUCGGAGGACCAGACGGACAUCUUGCGCAAAGGAUACUGGCCGUCCUACAACGUGCCGUUCUACGAGUCCGUGUACAACCUGAGCGGCUACCCCGAGUUCGUGGCCACGCACGGCAGCGACUUCUCAUACGAGCUCGCCCCUCGGGCCAAGAUCUUCCGCCGCGACCACGGCUCGGUGGUGGACUUGGCCUCCAUGAAGGGCAUCAUGAGGUCCAACAAUUACAAGUACGACCCUUAUUCUGAAGGCGACCCUUGCGAUUGCAUCUGCUGUCGUGGUGACCUCAACCCAACAAAGCCGGCUCCCGAUGGCUGCUACGAUACCAAGGUCACGGAUUACUUCAACGCGCGGAACUUCACGUCGUUCGUGGUGAACGGCCCCACGGUGCAGCCCGACACGCCGCCCUUCAGCUGGAGCAAGUUUAACGGCACGUCCCACGUGGGGCUGCCGCCGAUGUACGACUUCCCCUUCGUCACCGUGUGGCCCGCCACCUUCGCUGCCACAGCGGGGCUGCCAUGAGCUGGGGGCCUCGCCCAACGCCGCGACGCGACCCCCUUGACUGCCGCUUCCCUGGGGGAGGCCUCUCCCCAGCAGCGAGGCCGCUACCUCUCUCGCCCUGCGCGUCCGCCUAAUGCAGGGGUCGGCUACCUGCUGCUCAGGAGCCGCACGGGGCUCUUUAAGGGCUGCUUUGUGACGUUAAUCGCAUUGCGUUGCGGCUCUAGAAAUAUUGAGGUUGUUUUGACCAAAUUAUUUUGGUUGCCGACCCCUGGCCUAACGUGAUGCUUCUUCGAUUUGCCCCGAUAUCUUCGCUGCUUAACCCGGCCACGCGGCGCUGUUCGCAGAGGCCUACACUCACAGUCACAAUAAUCUGUUUUCAAAUCCUUUUUCGGGUCAUUUACAGCUCAUCAUCCCACCAGGGCCAAUGAAAUAAACACCAUUUUGUGGGAAGUCAACAAGAUGUGUUUUUCUAGAGACUGGCUCUUCGCCAUGGGAAUGUUGAAUUGUCACCGCUAGCUCAAGGCUGCCAAUGCUCAUUUAUGCAAGGAGAGACUUUGACCUUUUGACUCGUCUCCACUACAGCUGCCCCUUUGUGCGUGUGCUCUUCCCUGAGUGCUGCUGCUGCCAUUACUCGUACGGUCCAUCAGUUGCCUCCCCUGCAAAAAUCACCAGCUCCAAAGUGUGAAUUUUUAUUUUCUCCUGUGCAUGGUUCGUAGUCUUUGCAGACUUUUCACUUCUCAGUGAUCGCAUCUUUCUAACCACUUUCAUAGCUGGCAGCCUGCCCUAGUAGGAGAAUCCUGUGAAGGCAAGGGGAAGGGGUCUGUCGCUUUUGAAGACAGAAUUUUAAAUACAAAGAGUGCCAAAUGUCACUCGUAAAAAUAUCAGCCAAAAGGGCUGGCAAGUCCAUGAUUUAAUAUUAGGUAGAUUUUUGUCUCUUCGAUGCGUUUUUCUUAUUUGUUUACUUUUUAUUUUACAUUUUCUAAAGGGAACUGUGUUCCUGCAUAUUCGCUGUCGCUCAUAAUACGAUGCAAUGUGCUCAGACCUGCGCUGUAUGCCAAUGUAUUUUUACCAAAAAAAUACAGAUUUUUUUCCAACGCAAAACAUUUGGCAGUUUAACUCCGUCUCAAGGUCGCCAGGCUUGUGACUGAGAUGCCCCAUGGCUGGCUGUUGUUGCCCAAAAUGCAGGCACCCUGCCAGAAUUUACACAAACCGGUUCACCCUUUGUGAGGAACAAAGUUGCCUACACAUAUCAUGGCAGACAUUGCAGAACUAAUAAUGUAAUCGAUAGAUAUAGUAACAGGAAGGAGGCUGACUGCAGCAGUUCAACUCCGAAUAAAUAUCAAAAGCCCAUCUCAGCAUUGUAUUUUUUUUUGCUCACUGGAGCACUUACUUCCAAUCGGAGGAUGGUCUUUCUGAUGCAUGGUGGGAAAACCUAUUGCACUACAAUGAUUUUUUUUAAAUUCUGCUUUCACGAUAAUGCAGCACAAAAUAAUAAUUAUUGUAAUAAAACACCGAACGUAACAUU